ACAGCGUGAGCGUGACGUGCGAAAGAGGAUAAACAAAAAAGGACGGAAGCCUCCAGCUACACAAUCGCGGCAAAAUCGGUUCAAAAUAUUAGCUCGCGAGCUACAGUUAGCUACUACGUGCGCCCUUUUGUUGUCUCGCUUGGCAGCAUUUGGUGGGAGCGAUCAUGGACGAUGCCAUCAUAUUUCGUAUGAGUGCGUUUUCCGAGCAAGGCGGGAGGAAAUAUAUGGAGGAUGUUGUGGAGGUAAGAAUCGAGUACGAGCCGACGUCGGCGGCUAGCGAAGACUACGCGAAGUCACAGAGACACGGGGGACAGGACGCCGCCGAGAGCGACUCGUCCAAAGCCACCGAAAGCGAGCUCCGAGCGAAGAAGUCGGGCCCCGAGCCCGGCCCGGUGGCUGCGAUGUGGCUUGAGAGCCUGGCCGGCGACCGCAGCGCGCCGCUAUCAGGCGAAAAAGUCGACGAGCGCCUUGUGGACACUCGGAGGUCCGUGGCGUUUUUUGCCGUGUUUGACGGCCACGGGGGCCGGGAAGCAGCCCAUUUCGCCAGGGAACAUUUGUGGGAUUUAUUAAAGAGACAGAGGGGAUUUUGGUCCAAGGAUCACUCGGAAGUGUGUGCUGCUCUCCGGAAAGGAUUCAUCGCCUGCCACCAUGCGAUGUGGAAACAACUACCAGAGUGGCCUAAAACAAUUACAGGCCUGCCCAGCACAUCAGGCACCACAGCGAGCGUGAUUGUGAUCCGUGGCGCUCACAUGUAUGUUGCUCAUGUGGGAGAUUCCGCUGUAGUGGUUGGAGUGAAAGGAAAUGAAUCGGAUAUCACGCUUCAAGCACUUGAAGUCACACAAGACCAUAAACCUGAACUUCCUAAAGAGAAGGAAAGAAUCGAGCGACUGGGUGGUAGGGUCGCGGGCGUGCUGGAGCCUAUCCCAACUGUCAUCAGGCAGGAGGCGGGAUACACCCAGAACUGGUUGCCAGCCAAUCGCAGGGCACAUAGAAACAAGCAACCAUUCGCACUCACAGUCAUGCCUACAGGCAAUUUAGAAUCUCCAAUUAAUGCAUGUUUUUGGGAUGUGGGAGGAAACCGGAGUGCCCGGAGAAAACCCACGCAGGCACGGGGAGAACAUGCGGGGCCGGGGAUUGAACCCGGGUCCUCAGAACUUGUAAUGAAGAAAUCAGGGGUGAACCGUGUAGUGUGGAAGAGACCCCGACUCACCCACAACGGGCCUGUGAGGAGGAGCACAGUCAUCGACCAGAUCCCCUUCUUGGCAGUGGCGCGAUCUCUUGGUGAUUUGUGGAGCUACGAUUUCUACAGCGGAGAGUUUGUGGUGUCGCCAGAGCCCGAUACCACAGUGAUGACCCUCGACCCCAAACGACAUCGCUACAUUAUCCUUGGCAGUGAUGGUCUAUGGAACAUGAUGCCGCCGAAGAAUGCGGUCAAUAUGUGUUAUAGCCAUGACAAAAUGGUGGGACCGAAAGGAAUGUCUUGUGCCUGCCGGUUGGGAUGCACCGCACUACUUUUUUGGAAAGAGCGCAUGCUUCGCGCAGACAACACAACGGUCAUUGUACUGGCGCUGCAGGACCGUGGAGGCCCGACGAUCCCGAUGCAUCGAGAUGAGAUUGUGGUGGACAUGGCUCAGGGGAUUGACCACAUUCCCUUCCCGGGAACCCAGUACAACACAUAUGAGGUUCCAAAGCGGCAUGAAGCCGAGAAUGCCUCGUCUCUCCUUAAACAACGUUCUAAGACUCUGGAGCAGACAUUCGGGCUAUAUGAAGCGGCUUUCUGUGCCACAGCGCACGUCUUUCCCGAUGUCGACUCUGCGGGAGCCGCGCUGUCCCCCUUAGACGGGCCACUGAAUGUGUUCCAAAAGCAAGACUCGGCAAUCCGAGUGGACCGGACGUCUGAGUCGUCUUCUCCGUUAAAAAGGUCUCAGCGCUCUCCACAUGUUGGCCCCGAAGAUCAUCAGUGUGAUCAGUCCCCAGACAAAUGUUUGCCUCAUAAGACGCCUCGCGACAAAAGUGAACAAUUGUGUGAAAAUCACAACCGCGAGAGCGACAACACAGCCGUACAGCAGCAGCACAAGGCUUUCUUGUGCGUGUACUGAGUGCGAGAACCAUAAGCCCCCUUCGAGAUAUUUGGACUUUAUUUGCAUAAAGUCGCUCGUUUGUAAAUAUCCGGCGAACGUUGAGAUACUUUGUUGUUACAUUUUGCUAGACUUCCUGCCCCAUCUUCAAAUUUUAGUGUUUACGGAAAUUGUACAUUUGUUCAAUGUAAACUAUUUUCAUACUUACACAUGAAUAUAAUGACAAUAGUAUAUAUAUCGAAAGGAUAUUUGAAGGGUAAAAAUGUCACUAGUUCCUUUUGAAGUUUAGAAGGAUUUUCCUCUUUUAGAAAUUAAAGUCCAUUUUACCUGCGAAUAUUCUCAUUCAUCCAGGUCAUUUGAUACCCGGGACACUGAAUCGAUCGCAACAGUUCUGUCCUAACUGAGCCUCGUUGCAUGAACUGAUGAAGCCUGCUCGGAUGCGAAGCGAAACGUCUUCUAAGACAACCACAACAGUCCUGCUACGAUUGAUUCAAUGCCCUGAGAAUAAAGUCUAUUUUAAGAUUGUUUGGAUUUUAUCCAUUUUUCUUAAUUGCGUCCAAAAAUUCAGACCAGUCCUCAGCGACAGCCAAACGUAUUGCUUAAUUAUUUGAUUGUGUUUGUCCCUCUGUCAUGUAAAGCUGUGGACAUUCUCAGUGGAGCUCUGUGAAGGUGGAAGAUUUGACCCAAAUCUCACCAUCAGGGCAUCUGCGUACAAUAGGACUGUGUUGAGUAGCUCUUACUCAUUGGACCUACCUCCCUAAUACCACAAUCGCAUAAGAAUUUAGAAGAUAAGCGUACAAAAGGUUUAGCAGUAUAUUGCAUUCUGGUGAUUGUUGAUCAACAUUCAACACUGAAAACACUAUAUUUGCCAGAAAAAAAAAAAGCUUUCCCUAAUUUCGUUGGGGGUUAGGAUAGGGAUACCCUAAAUCGAAUAUUUGUCUUAACAUGUUUGUGCUUUACGCCAGUGUCUUCUCAUUGUAUUGGUUGGUGCAUAUAAGCUAUUUAAACUAUUUACUAUGCGCUAAUGAUUUCCAAUGGCCUCUCCUGUACAUAUUUAUGAGAUUUGCUGAAGUAUUUGCAUUUGAAUCCCGCCCUGUAAGUAACUGUAUUCAGUUGGAAUGAGUGCCCAUUAUUGCAUCGAUUUUAACUUGUUGAUGUGGCAGCUGAGCUACUGUCGAAGUUGCUUUGGUUGCCUUUUUUGUUACAUAAAUUGUUGCCUUAGCACAAACAAGUGGGUGCUUUUCAUAUGAGGGAUCCAGAUAUCGAAGAAUUUCCUGUGUGGUUAAGCCUCCUUUAUUUAUCAUGCACCUUCAGCUUUCCCUCACCAAGGUCAUACGACAUGAACUCAACCUGUGACAUGGAGUCCACACUACAGUUGCAGGCGUUUUGUUUAUUUUGUACAGUACAUCAUUAUGCAAUAGGACUUUGUACAGUACAUUAUGCAAAUUAAUCUGGUUUCCAGAAUUCUGGCAUGCUCAGAUCUACUCGGUGUUGUGAAGUUUCCAGAACUAAUGGAUGUUAAUGGACAUGUGCUGUGUUUUGACGAUUGCAACACUUGAGUUUCAUGUCACCGCCACUUCUCAGGACUAACUGUAUGAGGUACAUUCUUUGAAAGUGACUGUAUAUACACUGUCUGUGUUGUAAUAAAGUUUCCAUUUUACAGUG